GCGAAGUGGGCGGAGGCGCGGGCCGGUGCUCGGGUCGCUGAGUACCGCGGAGACGCCGGACGCGAAGCUAGAGGAGAAUCGGCCAUUUUGGACGGGAGGGGGGGGGGUCCCCUCAGCCACCACGUGAGAGAGGAGAGCCCGGAGAGGGAGCGAUCGGGCGAGAGCGGAGCAGAGAACAAGGGGAGGACAGGGGGAGAGACAAUCACAUGUGCUGAGCUCCGGCGGACACCGGAACAAUGCCGACAGCCGUCCUGCCGCCAAAGGAGAACGCCCUCUUCAAGAGGAUCCUGAGGUGCUACGAGCACAAGCAGUACAGAAACGGCCUGAAGUUCUGCAAACAGAUCCUGUCUAACCCCAAGUUUGCCGAACAUGGAGAGACGCUGGCCAUGAAGGGGCUGACCCUCAACUGCCUGGGAAAGAAGGAGGAGGCCUGUGACUUGGUACGGCGAGGGCUUCGCAAUGACCUGAAGAGUCAUGUCUGCUGGCACGUCUAUGGCCUGCUGCAGAGGUCGGACAAGAAGUACGACGAAGCCAUUAAAUGUUACAGGAAUGCCCUGAAGUGGGACAAGGACAACCUCCAGAUCCUGAGGGACCUCUCACUGCUGCAGAUCCAGAUGAGGGACCUGGAGGGCUACAGGGAAACCCGGUAUCAGCUGCUUCAGCUCCGGCCUGCACAGAGGGCCUCCUGGAUCGGCUACGCCAUCGCCUACCACCUGCUGGAGGACUAUGACAUGGCCUCCAGGAUCAUCGAGGAGUUCAGGAAAACGCAGCAGACGUCGCCUGACAAAGUGGACUACGAGUACAGCGAGCUGCUGCUCUACCAGAACCAAGUCCUCCGGGAGGCGGGUCUCCACAAGGAGGCGCUAGACCACCUCAGCACUUAUGAGAGGCAGAUCUGCGACAAGCUGGCCGUCGAGGAGACCAAAGGGGAGCUGCUGCUGAACCUGGAGCGCAUGGAAGAGGCGGGCGAGGUGUACCGGCAGCUGCGGGAGCGGAACCCAGAGAACUGGUCCUACUACCACGGGCUGGAGAAGGCCUUGAGACCGGCCACCAUCGAGGACAAGCAGAAGAUCUACGAGGACGCCUGGGUGAAGUUCCCCAAAGGCCUGAUGCCUCGGAGACUCCCACUUAACUUUUUAAGAGGUGAGAAAUUUAGGGAUUGCCUGGAUAAAUACUUAAGAAUGAAUUUCAGCAAAGGAUGUCCCCCUGCGUUUACCACCCUGAAGUCGCUGUACACCGACAAGGAGAAGGUGUCUAUAAUCCAAGAAUUAGUGGUCGGCUAUGAAAUGUCUUUAAAAAGCUGUCGGAUGUUUCAUCAAAAUGACGAUAGGAAGGAGGAGCCUCCCACCACCUUGCUGUGGGUGCAAUACUUCCUGGCUCAGCACUAUAACCAGACCGGCCAGCAAGGACUGGCCCUGGACUACAUCAACGCCGCCAUCGAGAGCACGCCUACUCUCAUCGAGCUCUUCGUGGUCAAAGCCAAAAUCUACAAGCAUGCAGGGAAUAUCCGGGAAGCGGUGCGGUGGAUGGACGAGGCACAGGCCCUGGACACGGCAGACCGCUUCAUCAACUCCAAGUGCGCCAAGUACAUGCUGAAGGCGGGCAUGGUGAAGGAAGCUGAGGAGAUGUGCUCCAAGUUCACGCGGGAAGGAGCCUCGGCAGUGGAGAACCUGAAUGAGAUGCAGUGCAUGUGGUUCCAAGCAGAGUGUGCCGUGGCCUACAAGGCCACAAGGAAUUACGGCGAGGCACUCAAGAAGUGCCAUGAGAUCGAGAGGCACUUUGUGGAGAUCACGGACGACCAGUUUGACUUUCACACGUACUGCAUGAGGAAGAUGACCCUACGCUCCUAUGUGGAUCUACUAAAGCUGGAGGACGUGCUGCGCAUGCACCCCUUCUACUACAAGGCCUCGCGGACGGCCAUCGAGAUUUAUCUCGGCCUGCACGACCACCCGCUGGCCGACGAGAACAAGGAGCUGAAGGCAGAUACUGCCAACCUGACCGACAAGGAGCUGAAAAAACUGCGGAACAAGCAGCGGCGGGCGCAGAAGAAGGCGCAGCUGGAGGAGGAGAAGAAGAACGCAGAGAAGGAGAAGCAGCUUAAGAACCAGAAGAAGAAGAAGGAGGAGGACGACGAGGAGAUCGGCAGCCCCAAAAAGGAGCUCGUGCCGGAGAAACUGGCGAAGGUAGAAAAUCCACUGGAGGAAGCCGUUAAAUUCUUAACUCCCUUGAAAAACCUGGUGAAGAAUAAGAUUGAUACGCAUCUCCUGGCAUUUGAGAUCUACUUUAGAAAAGAGAAGUUCCUGCUGAUGCUGCAGUCGGUGAAGAGGGCCUUCGCCAUAGAUCCUGAGCACCCUUGGCUCCACCAGUGUUUAGUACGUUUCUUUAGAGCGGUGUCCCGGAGUAAAGACUUAGCAGAAGGAGUGCAGUUGGUGCUGAGACAGGAAAUCGCCAGGCUGUUCGGCAACUGCGACGCCAAGAGCUUCAACGAGGCUUUCCUGAGCAAGCACUCGGGCUCCAUUCCUCACAGGUUAGCAGCUGCCAGAAUGAUGUACUACCUGGAUUCCUCCGUGGAGAAGAAGGCUGUGGAGCUGGCCGUAGCGUUGGAUGAGUCCCUCAGCAACCGGAGCAUCCAGAUCUGCACAGAAGUGCUAGAAAACCUACGCAGCGGGAGCCUGGGCAAUAGCAAGGAGAAGGCGGAGGUCUACCGGGCAGAGUGCCAUAAGCUGUUCCCCUACACGUUGGCGUUCAUGCCACCGGGGUAUGAGGAGACCAUGAAGAUCACAGUCAAUGGGGACGUAAGCGCCGAGAAUGAGGACCUGGCCAAUGAGAUGUGAGGGGGGGUGGGUGCAUGAGGCAUCUAUGGACGGAGAUGGGCUAGCAGACGGAGAGGGAACUCACCGCCAUUUCUGAGCAGCACCGCCACGGCUCUCUGCCGCCCCCUGCAGUGUCGGCUGUGACCUGGAUUAGAAGUGUGUUGGAAAGAGGGGGAAGAGAGAGAGUAAAAAUAGCCAUUUUACUUUUCUAAUCUCGCUGACAACAGCUCUCUAACUGAACAAAAAUGACUAAAAACUCUGAGACUGAACCACUGCUGGUUUUCUCUGAUGAGCCAAUAGCAGCUACUUUGACUGUGUUCCAGUAUCUAUUUCCCAAGUUUUUUAAAGUAAUUAUAUAUAUAUAUAUAUAUAUAUAUAUAUAUAUAUAUAUAUAUAUAAAAUAUGAAAAUAUAGAUAUAUGGAAAAUUCUUUCAGGAACAACUGUGAUCUGUGG